UGGUGCCCAAGCAUCUGGCUGGUCGCGUCCACGUGACGGUCCACGCCAGCCCGACGCCGAGCCGCCGUAGCGAUGAGGAGCGUGGCACGGAUCGAGAUGAUAAUCGCAUGGGGGGCAGCGAUAUCCCGAUGGAUGUCAUUCAUCAGCGUACCGACGUGGAAUGGAGGGUGGAACAACGGAACGGGCCGGUCCCAUGACACCGAGUCGUGGAGUUUUGCACACAGGUUAUUAGGUAAUAAUGCAUGCAGAAGAUGGCGAAAGUGAUGGAUUAAGAACAGGAAGAGCUGAGUUAGCAGAUGGACAGUAUGUGAAGAUACCCGCCCAAGCAUGGCAUCACGCUCUUGCUCACAUUGAUUCUGCCGGUCCAUUGAUUCGAUGUGGUCCUGGACUGGCCAAAUGUACCUCAGCAGGGCCAGCUAGCCUCGCUGCAGACAUGGCACAAUUCCACCACGUGGACAAGUGCACUAUUGACACUACGCCUCCAGCUCCAGUCUGUCGGGACGCGAGGCAGCCCGGGAUUGGUCGAGAUACGGACGUCUUCGGCAGUCCCGUUCAGCUGGACCACCAAGAGGUACAUUUAAUGAAAUUUGAUAAGUACAGUACCUCCGUCGGUCAACACCGUGGCACCAAUUGGGCAAUGUGGGAGUUGGAUGUGAUGAUCGGUAGGCAGGUAUUGUACACUUCAACCCUAUUGUGUCCAUCCGACACAAAAAUCACUGGCAGUUUCUCCAUCACAUGAAUUGAUAAAGGCGAGAGGGACAGGAGGAGCCCUUAGUCUCACCUUAGAAGACAAGUAGAACAUGAGGAAGAGGAAGCACUGAAUUUGUGAAGGGAGAGAAAAGAUGGGGAUAAAGGAAGGAGAAACCGGGAGAAAAUGGUAGCUGUAACAUGAGGUGGCUUCAGGAUUCU